AUGUUGCCAGUGUUUGUAAUUUUGGUUUUAAUAUCUGGAACUCGUGCAGACUACGACUUUCGUGGAAGAGAUUAUGUUCGGCAAAAGGCUGAGCGACUUGUUUUUGGGGUGGCUAUGGUUCGAGACUUCAGCACAAUGCCCCGUGUCUUGGAUGAUGCCCUUUCGGCCGGGUAUCGCACCUUUGACACAGCCCAGCUAUAUGGUAACGAAGCAGCCACCGGUAACGCUCUCAAUCAGCUCCUUCACAAACACGGAUUGACAAGAUCGUUAAACAAGUUAAAUCUUGGAUACAUUGAUUUGAUGUUGAUUCACUGGCCUAAAGCUAGUCCCGAUGUUCCUUCAAAUCCACAUCAUCAUCAGAUUGAGAGGAAGAAGACAUGGCAAGUGAUGGAGAAGUAUUACAGACUCGGCAAAAUCAAAGCGAUCGGAGUCUCGAAUUAUCUCAUAAAUCAUUUGGAGGAUCUCUUGAGCUAUGCAACGAUUUUCCCCGCUGUUAAUCAAGCCGAAUACAGUCUCAGCUAUCAAAUGAAUGAUUUGGUGGAUUAUUGUGCAAGGAAGGCAAUUGUUUUCCAAGCCUACAGUUGUCAACUUGUUGCCACACGAAACAAGGUGCUCAAUGUGGAUCGAAGAUUGACCACAAUUGCCAGAAAAUACAGCAUCACACCGAAAAUGCUUGAAUAUGCGUUUUCGUUGAAUCGAGAUAUAAGUGUUGUCAUGGGAUCGAAAACCGCUUCUCAUAUGAGAGAGAAUCGAGCUUUGUUGAAAAUUAAAUUGAGCCAAGAAGAUCUCUCUGCUUUGCAACUGCCAAACGGGGUUACUGGACAAAAAUCGACUGCGUGUCGAAUGGACCCAAGAUUGAUUCGGUUU